GAUAUAUGACUGCAGUCCGCGCAGCAUGCUCCGCCUCCGCCGCAUUCUGCACCAAGGCUUUUUGCUGGCUCGUGUUACACUUGACGUCCCCAUCAAGAACUUUAUCGCUUAACGUUAGUAGUCUCCGUCUCGUGUCGCUGUCUCACGGUGUUGCACUUGAGUCGACGUCUCCAUCAAGGAAUUUGACGUGCUAGCUACUUAAGCUAGCUAGCUUAGUUGCCAAGGAAGGCUGUCGCAGUUUGACGGUGUUGCACUUGAGUCGACGUCCCAUCAAGGACUUUGAUCCCUCAUUCAUCUGAGUAGCUGACAAGAGAAGUUAUGCUUUUCGUCAGGGCCGUUUGGAAUGAAAAUGGGAAGGAAAUGGAGGGGACCAUCCCUGAUGCCUGGGUUAAUGUAGCUGAGAAAACCCUUCGAUGGCCAAAGACGAGGGCAAAAUAUUGUUUUGACAACCAUGUGGCUCCUAAGGAGGACUGGGAAACUUUCCCAUUGUUGAAAGUAAAAAUUACCUCAGAAAGUUUCCAUGAGUGUGAAGACUACGAUCAAACCAGCCAUGCUGAACUAUGUGAAGAAGAUGAAGACGAAGAGGUUGUAGUCAAAAAAAGGAUGAAAAAAACAAAACAGUUUGACGAUUUUGUUGAAGGAUCUGACCUGUCUGAGGCGACUGCUGAGGAGGAUGAUAAAGAAAAGCGGAAAGGAGAUUCCAGUCCAAUAAUUCCAGUAUUUCCCACCCCACCAAUCAAGUUAAAGAAUGUGGGCGUCGACAGAUCAAAUAGUGGUUCACCCAGGUCUGCGGGCCGUGACAGGUCAACUGGUCGUACAGCCAGGUCUGCAGGCCGUGACAGGUCAACUAGUCGUUCACCCAGGUCUGCGGGCCGUGACAGGUCAACUAGUCGUUCACCCAGGUCUGCAGGCCGUGACAGGACAACUAGUCGUACAGCCAGGUCUGUGGGCCGUGACAGGACAACUAGUCGCACACCCAGGUCUUUGGACCGCGACAGGUCAACUAGUGUUUUGGGUUCCACAGAUUCGUCCAGGUCCAGGUCCAGGUCUGUGGGCCGGGACAGUUCAAUUAGUUGUUCAUCCAGGUCUGUGGGCUGGGACAAUUCAAGCAGUCGUGUACACAGGUCCCAGGCUGUGGAAGGUCUUUCACAUGAAAUGUCCAGUUAUAAUAGGGAUGUGCCAACCACAUUCCCCCUGUCAGAAGCGAAAUUCCAAAAAAUAGUGCUGACAAAGCUGGUGACUCUCACUGAUGAGGUCAAACAACUCCAGAGGAGCAUGCCUAAAUCUAGCAUUGAGAUCAUAAAGAUUAACACCUUGGAAGAGUUCGAGAGGGAGGAGGCUUCUCUUCUGGAUAAAAACAAAUUUGAAACCUUGGUUUGUCAGCUGGCAAGAGUGGGUGGGAAAGAUGUAAAGGACUGCACGCACAAAGUGAUGGACAGGCUCUUCACCAACAACCUAAUGACACUGUUUAAUUUGAAAGGGAAGGGAAAAAAAGAUAAAAUUGGGCUCGAAGACAAGAAAUUGUUUUCAGCAAUAAAAGCUGCUGUCAUGAAAUGGGACGCAGCUGCCACAGAGGCCCAAAUAAAGUCGGCGGCAUCGGACCACCUAAAACAUGCCCCUGGGAGAGUAGGGGGUGGUGGUUAUAAAUAAAUAAAUAUACUGUGCUAAUAUUACAAAAUUUUAUAGCACUUUUAUUUUACUUUACUGUUCUGACUUUUAAGUUUUAUUAUGUUAUUGUGUUAAUUUAUACUUGCUGUUCUUGUUUUAAGUAUUAGUGUGUUGUUGGUUUAAUUUAAACUGCUGUUCUGGUUUUAAGUUUUUCUAAAUAUUACUAAUAAAAAUAUAUUUUGAAAUUUAAAUAGUUGAUUUCUUGAAGUGAUCAGUUUGUUUACAGAAAAAUGGUAAGCAGUUUAUUACAAUUAUAUUGAUAAGAUACAAAAAUGCAAGACUAGUAUAUAAACUAAAAAAUUAUUCAAUUGAAUAAUCAAUAUAAUCCAUAUUCUUUCAAAUAAUUUAGGUCUAUGGUCUGUCUGCAGUUUCAUGACACGACAACCAUUAACAAUGAGUAACUGGGUUUUUCUCAGUGAGAACUAACUCACUCAACGCCAUUGUUUGAAGUAAACAUUUUUUAUUUUUUAUUUUGAUCCUUGCAAAUAUGUCCAGAUGGGAUUUCCAUGUUAAUAGAAGCCUUUCUUAACAGAAUCUUAACAGUCAUCUUUGACAUUUCUACAGAAAACGCAUCUAAUACAACUUUUAUUCU